AAAUGUUAAGCCAUAUUUUGAUUCUCCUAAUGUCUUAGCAUUCAGUAGAGUCAGUCUCCAAUAUGCGUCGAUUCCUCCUGUCGCUUUUUUCCCACUCGAAAUGGCACAUCUAUUAGCAGCCAUAAGUUCGCCGCCGGCGACAUUCCGGCCGGCCGUCGGGAACUCUCUCCGAUUAACUUCAAAAAUUGAGGCAAUACGUGCAGUAUCAGUGGAGGAGAUUCCCCCAAAUGCUGUUCGACGAAAGCGGGAUUCAAGGUGGAGAGGAGGUUUCAGUCUUGGAGUAGAUUUAGGUCUUGCCCGUACUGGACUUGCCCUUAGUAAAGGCUACGACUUUCGCCCAUUCACGGUUUUGGAGUUGAGAGGGCAGAAGCUUGAACUUCGAAUUAUUGAUAUUGCCCUAAAACAGGAAGUGGAUGAGUUUAUAAUUGGACUUCCUUUGUCAAGUGAUGGAAAGGAAACUCCACAAUCGAACAAAGUUCGAAGUGUUGCUGGUAGGCUUGCUGUUCGAGCUGCUGAGAGGGGCUGGAGAGUAUAUCUGCAGGAAGAGUAUGGGACAACAAUUGAGGCAAUGAGCGACAUGGUUGAUAGGGGCCUCGGAAAAUCUGCUCGUGAAGGGAAACAGGAUGCCUACGCUGCUGCUAAGGUGCUUGAGAGAUACUUCUUAGAGUCAGGUCAGAGAAUCGAGCUAGUGUUACCCAAGCAGUUGGAGCUCCAAGAGAAGCUAAAGAUGGGGUGUUCUAAGGAUUCUGAUUAUUGUUCAGAUGAAUCUGAUUUGUUGAUAAUUUGGAACCCCCCAAAACCUCCUAUUUGAUGGAAAAGGUUCAAUGGAUCAAUACAGUGAUUGUGAUAGCUCUAGCCAUUUGAAUAGUACUUAUACCUUUAGAAGACAUGGAUGGUUUACCCUUUUAUAUACAGUAUUUUUUAAAACUCUUGCUCCUGUAUAUCAAGUACGAGAGAAGAGCAAUACUAUAUCUUUUUCGAGGAGACACUGUAUGUGAUGAACUUAUGAAAUACCCUGUUUGUUGGGCUUGCGAUU